ACAAAAGUCCAUAAUGGAUGAGUCCAAAGUAAAUGGAAUAAUGAAGAAGGAGGAUCACCUCCACAUUCUUCAGGAAAACCUAAAACCAUCAGCAGAAGGUUGAUCUUGGACACAGUUGGAUGUUUCAACCAGACAAUGAGCCCAAACACACAUCAGAUGUGGUAAAGAAAUGGUUCCAUCAGACUAGAAUGAAGGUUCUAGACUGGUCUCCCCAAAGUCCUGACUUAGACCCAUCAAGACCCUGAAGAAACAAGUCCGAAAGACUACAGAUUUGUCGUCGUUCUCUCUGACUUGAUUCAAUUAAAUUGAUAGUAUAAUGAUACUGCCACCUCCAUGCUUGAUGGUAGGUUUAGAGUUCAGAGGAGACAAAGAUAAACCAGAAGCUUGUGGACGGAAACCAAACAUUUUUAUUUUAUUUAUGUGUCUCUUUGUGGUUGAUUUGUUUCUUUUUGUGGUCAUUUUGCGUCACUAUUGUUGUUUUGUGUCUCUUAGUGGUUGUUUUUGUCUUUUUGUAUUUUUUUUGUGUCUGUAUUGUUGUUUCACAUCUCUUUGUUGUUGUUUUGUGUCUCUUUGUGGUUGUUUUGCAUCUCUAUUGUUGUUGUUUUGUGUCUCUUUGUGGUUGUUUUGUGUCUCUAUUGUUGUUGUUUUGUGUCUCUUUGUGGUUGUUUUGUGUCUCUAUUGUUGUUUUGUGUCUCUAUUGUUGUUGUUUUGUGUCUCUACGUUAUCCUCGGGGUGUGAUGAUGUCGGAUUUCGUCUUGUUGGUUGUUUUCCUGCUGAUUAAACGUCUUUCUGCUCUUUAUUCUUAGUAAACGGAGGCUGAGUUUGACCCUCUGACUCUCUAAAGGUCCUGAUAUUUAUCACACAUUUCACUUUGUGUUUUCUGAGCUGCUGCUGGAGGGAAAAGAGAAGCAGUUAAUAACCCGACCUGACCGGAGUUCAGAAAAACAACGAAGACGCUUUGGUUCGACUUCUAACCAGCGACUGCAUGAUCCAAACAUCCUGAAGCAGAGAAACACUCCAGAGAUCAGAACUCGGGUGAAUCUGCAGUCAGAGGAGGCGACAGGAAGAAAGAAGCUGAAAUAAAAAAUUAAAGCUGCAAGCAGCGUUGGACGGGUCCUCGCAUCCAUGCUCGUCGUCGAAUCCACGCACGUCCACCAGGUGGCGCUGCGACCGAGAGUGUAUAUUGGCCUGUGGAUGUGAUCAGGGUCGGACUCUGAUCACACAUACAAAAUUUCAAGCAGAUCGGACCAUGUCCAGGCCAGUUAUACAGCACUUCCCUCCAUCCACCAGGUGGCGCUAUGACUGUGGCUGUAUUUCAGCAUGUGAAUGUCAUCAGGGCGGGACUCUGAUCAUACAUGUAAAGUUUGAGGCAGAUUAGAGUAUGUUUAGGGCAGUUACACAGCAGUUGAUGUGUCAUGUCGAAGCAUCAAAGUUUGGGAGCCUGCCAUGGCCACGCCCUCAGACUUUUGCGGAGCAUUUUGAUAACUUUUGAUCACCCAUGCCUGGAGUACAUCCUGGCUGAAUUUCAUAUCUGUCGGUGUUACCCUGUUUGAGUUGAUAGCUUUUCAAAAUGUCUAAAAAUGACCCAAAAUUGAAGGUUGGUGUUAAAUUCUAGAAAGAAGAAGAAGAUUAAAGAAAGAAAAUACAUAAAAAAGAAGCAAUUAAAUAAAUGGGAAAAAGUUAAGACAAUUAAACUUUUAUAAAGUAUGGGGGGAAAAAAGAUGUAAGAAAUUAAAGAAUUGUAUUUAAUAAAUAAACAGGAAAUUUGUAAAUAAGUGUUGUAGUCUUUUGCAGUUAAUUGAUGGAUAGGCGUAGUGAGAGACAGCCAGACAACGGGGUAGAAAUAAGAAUGAGAACAACUAAUAUAGCACGGGGUUGCGAGCGGGAAUCGAACCAGGGCCUCAGCAUUGAGGACCAACUACAUGCGUCAGUGGCUUAACCCGCAGAGCUAUAUGAUCACACAUGUUAGCUGUCAGCAAAGGUGUAUCAAUCCAAUAGAAAGUCUAGGGGUAGGGUUCGGGUUACAGAGGAAGGUCCUGACAGUAGCAAUGUACCAAAAACAUGGAUAUAACAUUAUACAUUUUUUCAUAAUUAGGACCAAUACUGUUCACAUUAUACAUGCUUCCCUUAGGCAACAUUAUUAGGAAGCACUGUAUUAAUUUCCAUUGUUAUGCUGACGACACUCAAUUGUAUUUAUCUAUGAAGCCAAAUGAAACUAAUCAGCUAGCUAGACUGCAAGAUUGUCUUAAGGACAUAAAGACCUGGAUGACCUAUAAUUUCUUACUACUAAAUUCAGACAAGACUGAAGUCAUUGUAUUUGGCCCCAAACAUCUUAGAGAAUUGCUUUCAAAGCAUAUAGCUACUCUGGAUGGCAUUACAUUGGCCUCCAGUACUACUGUGAGGAACCUUGGUGUUAUCUUUGACCAGGACAUGUCCUUUAACUCGCACAUAAAACAAAUCUGUAGGACUUCCUUUUUCCACCUGAGAAAUACUGUGAAAAUCAGGAACAUCCUGUCUCAGAGUGAUGCAGAAAAACUAGUCCAUGCAUUUGUUACUUCUAGGCUUGACUACUGUAAUUCCUUAUUAUCAGGUUGUCCCAAUAGCUCUCUGAAAUAUCUACAGCUGAUCCAAAACGCUGCAGCCAGAGUACUGACGGGAGUUAGCAAGAGAGAUCAUAUUUCUCCUAUACUGGAUUCUCUUCAUUGGCUUCCUGUUAAAUCUAGAAUAGAAUUCAAAAUCCUUCUUCUGACAUAUAAAGCUCUUAACAACCAAUCUCCAUCAUAUCUUAAAGACCUGAUAGUACCAUAUUAUCCUAGCAGAACUCUUCGCUCUCAGACUGCAGGCUUACUUGUUGUUCCUAGAAUCUCUAAAAGUAGAAUGGGAGGCAGAGCCUUCAGUUAUCAGCUCCUCUCCUGUGGAACCAGCUCCCAGUUUGGGUUCGGGAGGCGGACACCCUCUCUAUUUUUAAGACCAGGCUUAAAACCUUCCUUUUCGACAAAGCUUAUAGUUAGGGCUGACUGGGGGACCCUGACGGGGUGAGCUGGUGUUUUCAUUUGCACAACUGACUUCCCCUCUUGACGUCCCUUUAGUUUGCCCCUAGUUAUGCUGCUAUAGGCCUAGGCUGCUGGGGAACCUCUCUUGAUGCACUGAGCCCUUCUCUAACUACCUAUGUAUUUACUAUAUAUACCAUUAUUGCAUUACAUUCACUCUGUUUCUUUCUGUGUCCUUUCUCCGAGUGUCCCUGGUCCCAGAGCUGGAUGCUGGAUGCUUCAGAUGUGUGGCUGUGUUUUAUGGUCCUUGUGUCCCACCCCCCACCUCUCUAUCUCUACCCCUCUAUCUCUACCUCUACCCCUCUAUCUCUACCUUUCUACCUCUUCUGUCCCUCUCAACCCGCCCGGCCAGCAGGCAGAUGGUUCCCCCCACAUUAGAGCCGGGUUCUGCUCGAGGUUUUUUUCCCUGUUAAAAGGGUGUUUUCCUUGCCACUGUCGCCUUUUGGCUUGCUCUGGGGGUCAGGCAUAUGGGUUCUGUAAAGCGUCUCGAGACAAUUUGACUGUAAUUGGCGCUAUAUAAAUAAAAUUGAAUUGAAAAUUGAAUUGAACUGAGAGCUCUCAGCAGUUUUCUACCCAUUUAAGAACAGGACAAACCGAACAAGCUGUUGUAUCGAUUUGUCCACGA